CCCUCCCCUCUCCCCCGCCCCAGCCAUGCAGAUGCACUCGGGUCGAGCGGAUCCCGCUGCCAUGGAACUGCGCAUUGCCGGGCUGGAUGGCAGGGAGCUGUGCUUCAGUGUGGAUGCAGGCAUCCAGGGCAAGGACGUUGCUGCAGCUGGUGAGGUCUCAGCUGCCUCCAAGGCCCGGGGGUGUGCUCAGCCUCUGGUUCGGCGGCAGGAAGCUUUCGGUGCACCAGACUUUGGCGGAGCAGCGCUUGGAGUCGGACGGCAUGUUCACAUACGCUCAGACCGACGUCCUGAAGGCGUGGAACCUGCUGAAGCAAAUCGACCUGAACGGUUAUGUGGGAGAUGCCGUCGAUGCCAGCCAACACCUGGAAGGAGUCACAUCGAUGUGCUGGGCGCUGAGAAAGGGAAUCGCGGGAUUGCCGGCCUCGUUGACAAGCCUGACUUUUGAGGAUGCCUUCAACCAGCCCCUGCAGGGGAUCAGUCUUCCCAGCUUGCAGAGCUUGACUUUUGGUAGGGACUACAAUCAAAGCUUGCAGUGGGUGCGUUUACCCAGCAGCUUGCGGAGCCUGAGCUUUGGUGAUUUGUACGACCACAGCCUGGAGGGAGUGGAUCUCCCCGAAAACUUGCAGCUCCUGAGCUUCGGGGACUUGUUUGACCAAAGUUUGGAGGGAGUCCGCCUGCCUGGCAGCCUCCAAAGUCUGACGUUUGGCAGCGACUUUGACCAAAGCUUGGAGGGAGUCCAUCUUCCGAGCAGCUUGCAGAUCCUGACCUUCGGCGACGCCUUUGACCAAAGUUUGGAGGAUGUGAUUCUGCCUGCUGGCUUGCUGAGCCUGACGUUUGGCAGCGACUUUGACCAUAGCCUGGAGGACGUCGAUCUGCCGAGCGGCUUGCAGAUCCUGACUUUUGGCAACUCCUUCAACCAGAGCUUAGAGGGCAUUGCAUUGCCCAGCGGGCUGCAGCACCUCACUUUGGGGGACGCCUUCAACCAAAGCCUGAAGAAACUUGAUCUACCCAGCUUGCAGAGUCUGACGAUCAGCGUUCGCUGUGACCAACGGUUGCGGGAAAUGGCACUGCCUUUGGCCUUGCAGAACUUGACUUUGGCUGGCUCCUUCGAUCAAAGCUUCAAACGAAUUUCUGCGCUCAGCUUGCAAAGCUUGGCUUUCGGCAGGGAGUUCAAUCGAGCAGUCGAAUUUGAUCUGCCCAGCAGCUUGCAGACUCUGACUUUCGGUGAUUUGUUUGAUCAAAGCUUGAAGGGGCUGAACUUGCCUAGUAGCCUGCAAAGCAUAACAUUCGGCAACAGCUAUCAGCAAAGCUUGGAGGGAGUAAACCUGCCGGCGAGCUUGCAGAUCUUGAGUUUUGGCAACUCUUUUAACCAAGGCUUGGAGGGAGUCAACCUUCCAAACAGCUUGCAGAGCUUGACUUUUGGUUCCGGCUUCAACCAGAGUUUGUUGGGUGUGAAUUUUCCUAGCAGCUUGCAGAAUCUGGCGUUCGGCGAUAAUUUCAACCAACCCUUGGCGGGCGUCAGCAUCCCCAGCCUGCAGACUUUAAUCUUCGGAAGGAGGUUUGACCAAGCCUUGGAAGGCGUCACUCUGCCUCGCCUGCAGAGUCUGACGUUUGGCAGAGACUUUGACCAGAACUUGGAGCGCCUCACUUUGCCGAGCUUGCAGAGCCUCAGCCUGGGCUUUUCCUUCGACCGCAGCUUGGUCGCCGUCCAGCUCCCCGAAACCUUGCAGGCUCUCAGCUUUGGGGACUUGUUUGAUCAAAGCCUGCAGGGCGUUGAGUUGCCGAGCAGUUUGCAAAGCCUGACUUUUGGCAGCUGCUUCAAUCAAUCCUUGGAGGGAGUCAUUCUGCCCAGCAACUUGCGGAACUUGACAUUCGGCAGAAGCUUCAACCAAACCCUCGAGGGGGUCAAUUUACCCAGCAGCUUGCAGUGCCUGACUUUUGGCUGCAAUUUUUCGCACAACCUGGAGAAGGUACAUUUGCCCAGCGGCUUGAAGUUUGUUGCCGGUCACGGUUUGACAUUGAAUUGCUUUUGAUUGCAGAUUGUCAGCGCUAGCUCGUUAGGGAG